AUGCGCUCGGUGGAUCCCAUAUUCAACGAAAAGGACGGCCUACUCGAAGAACUCAUGUGUCCUAAACCUAAACCAUCUGCUAUGGGGAUAGAUGGAUCACCUGCGCGCCCAGGAGCCUUAGUGCCAGCAGACUCAAACCACAUAGACGGCCGAGAGAUCUCCGUUCAGCACCAUAUUCAACAGCAAGGACAAAGUCUCGAUCAUAUCUCCAGCUCCGUCAGCACUCUACACGAUACAAUGCAUGAGCUGAAGAACGCAUUUACCGCCAUGCGCAUCGAACUAAAUGGACCGAACCGUUUCCCGAGCGAACAAGACCUUGCGAAUACUGAUUUCAAUAUGGUCACAACAGUGUUGAAGGAACUGAAAUCCAAAGCGGACGAGAUAGAGAAGCUGAAGCUGGAGAUUGAGGCAUUGAAGCUCCGUAACCGUUUCAUGGACGAACAAACGGCAAGACAGGCGCAGCAGUCCUUGGUUGUUGAGGCACCUCUUCCGGAAGUUAGAUCUCCGGGACUCCUUCAGGGUGACCAUGGCAGCAGAAAGCGACCCUUUCCGUUCCCAGAGCACUACAACGGCGUCCACGGAAGGCCGGUACCGGAUUCAUUCGACGAUGACGAUCUCGAAGACAAUUUGGCUGAGUUUUCCCUGGGAGAAAGAGAGAUUGAUAUACCGUCGUCCGUUAAGAUUCCUUUGAAAGACCACGAAACGACCAUGGAGUCAACCCAUGAUCCGUCUCCACGCCUUCAGAUCGAAGUAAAUCACUCAACAUACCACACACCCCCAUCGCUCUCUUCCGAUGAACCCGCCGCAAAACGGCCGCGACUCUCUUCAAGCGCAAACUCGAACCCCAACAAAAAGCCGAGAGGCCGACCUUCUCGCAAGUCAAUCAGCCAGACAGAUGCGACCCGGAUCUUUAAUCCAAGCCCUCUAAAUGAACAAACCACACAAUCCAAACCCACCGACCAGGAAAAGACCUUGGAAAAUCGCCCAACCCGUUCAAACAGACUUCGCAGCCGCUCACGCGCCGCCUCGCCGAACGCAAGGACACGAAACCGGCAGUCAUUAGAUAACAGUGACAAGACGCAAGAAAACACAAGCAUAAACACACCCACAGAACCAUCCGCGCAGCUCGCCGUGGAACUAGGCAAGGAAAACGCCGACCUGGAUAUCACCGCACCCCACGCUAACGAGGGCAAGAAAACAAAAGCCGAACUCAACGAACGGCGUAAGGCGCAGGCCGCCGCAAGGGAUCAUAUGGUCAAGCUGGCGAUGCAGCGCGAAGAGGCUAUGGAUACUGAGGAGUCUCGCUAG